AGCCUUCCCACCACAACAGCGGGGCCUCAGAGCAAGUGUGCAUCUCCCAACUUUUUUGGGGAGUCAAUUGAGUAUGUUGUGUUGCUGUAGCUGAGUCGCACCUGGAGACUUGUUCUCGUAAUAUUUGCGUACUUUAAUUUCCCCCCCCCCCCCAGUUCCAAACGCUGUCCCUUCCGGAGCUGCGCACAUAUUGUAUUCCGCGUUCUUCAAACUCGAUUUCAGCCAUUUUCCCCCAAAGCCAGCAAGAGGAGUUGGGAGAGCAGAACAGUGAGAGAGACGGGGGAGUGAGAUCCAGAGGCCCAACCCAUUUCUUUAAUGUGAGAGGCCCUGAUCCAGCCUGAUUACCAACCUGCGAACUUGACUUCCAGCAGAAACAGAAGGAUAAUUAACUAGUCAGACCCGGUGACACGGAAGCAUUUUGCCAACUAUCUGCAUCUAUCAACUGGCUGACGAGUUAGCCGAACAGAGGGGGCAGCCAUGUUGAUCAUCUUAGUCCUCAUCAUCCUUUUCCAUGUGGCUGCGGCCAUCCUCCUCUUUGUUGCAACCAUACACAAUGCAUGGUGGUUGGUGUCAGCACCUGGACGGGAUGUACUCUACUCGGACCUGUGGUACUCUUGCAACAACACUUGCUUUCCUAUUGUGAAGAGCCACACUCGUGAUGCAGCCUACCUGCAGACGGUCCAGGCCACCAUAAUCCUGGCCAUCAUUUUAUGCUGUAUCAGCUUCUUUGUCUUCAUUCUUCAGCUCUUCAGGCUCAAGCAAGGAGAGCGAUUCGUCUUCACCGCAAUUAUUCAGCUGUUAGCCUCUGUGUGCGUGAUGAUGGCGGCCUCCAUUUACACGGCUCAGAACAAGUCUUUCCACCACAGCAGUCUCCAUGACGGCUCGUACGGAUCCUCCUAUAUUUUAGCCUGGGUCAGCUUCCCAAUGACUCUAAUCAGUGGUCUCAUGUAUCUGGUGCUUAGAAAGCGCAAGUAGAUGUCAAUUUAUGGGCGUACGGUAUACAGUAUGAAUGGAAAUCCUGGGAUGUACAGUGAAUACUCAAGAAGACAAUUGUGCAGUCUGCUCAAAUAGCAGUAUGGAGGUAAUUUACAUGCCUCAAUUUGCCCCCUAACAAAACAACAAAUAACACUCACGCACACACAGAUCAAGCAUUGCAUUUCACUUAUGUUACUGUGGAUUGUGAAUAAUGGUGUUGUGUUCUCACUGAAUGCAGCCAAGGUUGCAUUAAAAGCCCUCUCCCCAAUA